CAGGAAUCCCACCGCAUAGCAUUAGCGCAAUUAGUUUAAAACAAGCUGCCUUCUGCUGACAAACCGCUGAAAUAAUUGGAUAAGGCGUUCGAAUGAGCCAUUUUGUAAAUAUUUUAGCUUGUAAUGCGUAGCUGCAAAGUCAGCGGGAAAACGUGACACGUGAAAAAAUGACAACACAGCAGACCCCGCCCUUUACCAUCUGUUUACAAACAUUUUGAGAUGGCGUCAACGUAGAAGUUUCCAUAACAGUCUGCAUUUGUUUUUCAGAGAAAGGGUAACGAUGAGCCUUUUUAUUUUCGUACUUAUGUGGGUUUUCCAGCUUGGUGCAUUGGGUGUUUAUACAGACAGAGUGUCAGUGUUUGUAAUGGAUGGAGAUUUGGUCUCUCUAAACACAAAUGCUAAAACAAGCCAACAAGAAAAGAUUAAAUGGUUUUUCAAUGACACUCGCAUCGCUCAAAUCAGUGAUUAUCUCAAAAAGACCUGCACAGAUGUUCAGUGUAAUAAAGGUACUGAGAGAUUCAGAGACAGACUGAAGCUGGAUCAUCAGACUGGAUCGCUGACCAUCAUGAACAUCACAAACACAGACUCUGGAGAUUAUAAACUACAUAUCAUCAGCAGCAACAGCAUGAGUGAAAGGAUCUUUAGUAUCACUGUUUAUGAUGUUCCUGGUGCAGAGACGGAUAAGACAAAGACUAAGUCAGUGAAGAAGGGAGAUACUGCUACUUUUGAUCCUGGUGUCAUAAACAACCCAAAUGAUCUGAUGAGAUGGUAUUUUAAUGACAUUCUCAUCGCUGAAAUCACUGGAGAUCAGAGUAAGAUCUGUACAGAUGUUCAGUGUGAUGAGGGAUUCAGAGACAGACUGAAGCUGGAUCAUCAGACUGGAUCUCUGAUCAUCACAAACACCAGAAUCACAGACUCUGGAGUUUAUCAUCUUGAGAUCAUCACCAACAGCAGCAGCAUCCGCCGUCAGCACAGCAUUAACAUUAUCAGUGAAAAGAGGCAAAGUGAGAAUGUCACGAGUUGGGUUGUGUAUGUAUUCGGUAUAGGGGGAGUAUGUGUUGGUGUUGCUCUGGUGGUUGCAGGAGUAACUGGGAAUUGGCAUAGAAAACUUGCUUGUACAAAGAGUGCCCCGUAUCCUUCACUACAAAAUCAAACAACUGGUCUUUAAUUACACCAAGGAAUAUACAGUAUCAUUUACAGUGCACUAAAAAUAAUUGUAAUUUUGACUUUCCAUAUAUGGAAAUUGUAAUAAAGCUAGUGUUAUAUUUCAUUUCAUUUUCCAUUUGGUAGUAAAAUUAACAAAUACAGCCUAAUAUACAGUGAAAAUCCAUGAAAUGACAUUCCCAGAAUCCCCUUCUUUGACAUUACCAGAACACAUUAUGGUUUUAUGAAACAUUCUUUGUUGUUACAUUAAUGUUUGUGUUAUUUUAGUGUCAUGUGUGUUAACAUGUUUUGUGAUUGUGUGUAUGAAACUGUGUGCAGCUUCCAUAUAUUUGUAUGUACUGCUUCAAAAUGUAGCUUUUUUCUUUCCCUAUACUUUUUUUUUUUUGUAAGUUAGUUUUAUUUUGUAUAAAUAACAAGUUGUUCUGUUUAUGUUUACAAUUUUCUUGUAUUUUUGCACAAUUAUUCUCCUGUAUCCUAUACUGUUUGCAUUAUUGUUCAAUAGUUAUUUAAUUAUAGACAACAAUAUAACAACAAUACAGAUUCUUUCAAUCCUUGAACUAUCACUUUGAUACUUAAAGUGUAUAAAUAAAUUGUAAAACUAAUCCAUGUGAAUUGUACAGUUCAAAUUUUCUGAGCAAACUCCAUCACUUUAUGUGAUGAACAGAUUGAAUUUAGGCUUUUAUUUACAUUCAUAAUCAACACACACAUGAGAUAUGGGAAGCUCAAGCAUGCUUGCUUGACAUGCAAGAACCAAUUAGGUUAAUUCUUGUGUUACGCAUCACAUUCAAGCUUCUGAUGUUCAUUCUCAUGUUAAACAUCAUGUUUAAGUUUCAUAAAAAAAAAAUAAUAAUAAUAAUAAAAC